CUAAUAAAGUUGUCGUUUUUACCAUUAUUUUCCUGUCUUCGCCAUUGGCAGAUGAGAGAGAGAGACGAGUGGAGGUACAGAGAGAGAGAGAGGGGGAGGGAGAGGAGGAGGAGGACAUGAGAGGAGGGAGGAGGAGCAGCGGAGGAGAAGAAGGCACCAAGACGACGUCGUAAUAAGAUCGUGAUCUUGGGGGCAUGGAAGAAAAGAAUUUUCAGAGGGAGAAAUUCCUCUGCCUGUGCUUCCUUUCCAGCAAAGUCUUUUGGCAGUUCCAGCUCUUGAAAGUCAGUUAAUGGACUGAGAUUCUACUUGGGUUCCUCCUCAUCGAGCUCAAUAUCGGUUCUUGCAAGUAGGACUUUGAAGGAAAUAUUUGGCGAACCAAAUUUUAGAUUUUCAGAGUCGGGGAUCCAAGCGAAGGCAACCAGUCAAAUGAAUCCCAAAGUUCGGUUAGUUAAGUGCCCCAAAUGUCGGAGUGUUCUUCCCGAGUCUGCAAAUGUUCCUGUUUAUAAAUGCGGUGGAUGUGACACCAUUCUCCGAGCAAAACAUUAUAAGAAUGAUGCCCGUAACGCAGGAUCAGACUUGCAUAAAGCGACUGAUGCUCCAAAAGAUGAACUGGAUAAAGCUUUAGAGGAGAACACAGAAUUGGGCGACUUAGACAUAGUUAUUCCUUCCUCAACAGAGCAUUCUUUAGAUCUGGGCAAUGAGAUGGAGCAGGGCAUCUCCAGCAAUUGCAAUGGUGACCAAGACAGUGGGACCGACGGUGAGUCCCGAGAUUGCGAUGUGGAUAGACGUGAAUCAUCGGAUGAACUUGAUUCAUCACAUGAGCGUGUUGAAAAGGCAAAUCAAGAUGAGCAGAAAAUUGAAGUGACUUCACCAGCUAUAAGAGCAGAGUCAGGAGAAGAAACCAACGAUGAUGGUUUCAAUGAAGAGCAAGAGGAAUCACAGAUGAGUGUUCCUCAUAAGCGUAUGGUGUCUCAAGAAACAUUUGCAAGCACAGAAUAUGGGGAUCCUUGUUCUGAGUUCAGCGGCACAGUUGUUGGAGAUUCAUGCAGGUCUCCAACAACAAUUCGAGGUUGGCAUCACGCUUAUGACGGAAGUGUCUCUUCUCUUGAUGCACCUGCAGAUCAUUUCCAUGGUUGGGACAGAAGUAGCGGGAAACAACAUUCCAGGAAAGACGAAGAGAACUUUGGUUUGUUAAGAGAGAGGCUCCGCAAGAACAAGUAUGUGUCAAAUGAGAUGUUCGAGUCGUCAAGAAGCAGAUUUCAUGAUAGAGACGGGAUGGCAUAUGGAAGAAGUAAUGAACUACCACCUCGGGUUCCUGUCUAUAAAAGGGAACCGAGUUUCCUAUAUGAGGACGAAGGUACUUCAUAUCAAACAGGCAACAUUUACUUCCCACAUAGUUCGAGUUAUCAUUCAUCUCGCUCGCCUGAGGAGCUUGCUGAAGACGAGAAGAUAAGAUUGCUACGAAUUGUUUAUGAGCUUGAGGAUCAGCUAAAGAAAUCAUGCAAUCUUGAUCAACUCGAUGGACGAAAGAGUCGGGCUGCAUACUACAGUCAUGAGCUGCCCGAGGCCGAAGGCCUGCCAGGCUUGAACUUUCCACGGCGUAAUCCUUGGGCGCAAAACUUCAGAUCUGCGAGAGUACCCUUCUCGGCAGAGACGGCAAGAACUACCCACCACCUUGGUUACUCUCAUUUGGGGCACCUGCCUCGAGCCCGCCAACUAUCUGAGCCUCUGCUUCCACCUCCUUUUCGCAACAUGAGUAUCCAUGGUCCCGGGAGGAGGAACCUCUACAGUCCUUACAGCUCAUGGCCUUCGAGCCCCCAGCCGUACAUGGGAUCUGAGUUCUCGGUGGGGUCCAAUGAUCCGAGCUAUGAGUUUCAGAAGCUGAGGAAGUACUAUCGGGAGAGGGAGGAAAAUUUAUUGAAGAGACACUUGCGGCCCAUUGGUAAGGCUGCCCCGUUUGUGACUUGCUACCAUUGCUCAAAGAUUCUUCAGCUGCCCGAAGAUUCCCUCAUCUUCAGGAAGAGGUACCACCGGGUUAGGUGCGGAGCUUGCUCAAUGGUCUUAAAGUUCUCUCUUGAGAACGGGAAUUGCGUGCUCCCUUAUGAGCUCGAGGCUCAUGGGCCUCCACCUUCCGAGGCCGAAGACUACGACAACUCGGUUGAUAUGGCAAAGUUGUACUCUGCCUGUGACGUUGGCGCUCAAGAUAUGGGAAGCUCACCGCUUCAUAGGCUCAUGGGUUACUCUUCGGUAAGUCAAGUCUUCAAAGGGCCUGGUCCAUCGGCCAAUGGCACGACCUCGCCAACCCGAAAGAGUCCAUGAGUUUUUUAGUGGAUGCAUAGAUUAAUGAGAACGCAUCUUCUGUUAUAUCUUAGGCUUUCACCUGUAAAGAUACAUAGAAAAAAGUUGUCUUCUAAUUCCUAAUUUUUAAUUUUUAUUUUUACAUAUUCCUUGGAAUUGGAUGGAGAUUGUUUAGUUCAUGUCCCAUACUUCCUUGUAAGGAUAGUAAAGUGAAAAUAGACAUGUUUGAGCUUGAGAGAAGGAUUCUCAUUGAAUUUGUUGA